GGUUCCAGCACGAGCCAAACAACCCUACGUGUCAGUCUCAUGCGUCGGUGUAAAUACAGAGUUUUUUAAAUUCGCGGCGUGCAAAUCGUGCGAAAUCUCGCAGCAGCAACAGCUCCCGCCCCCACUGGACCGCCCGCCCCCGCAGUCAGCCGCCCGUUGACCGAAAAUCCAAGGGGAGCAGCGUUUGAAGCGAUAACUCCACCGCGACAGCAACAUCAGCUGGAGCCGCCGGAGGAGGAAAAGUGCAAGGGAAAGCGGAAAGGAAAGGCCAGUGCCAGACGAAAUACUAAAUAUAUAUAGUCGCUUGCGGAGAUGGCGGGUCAAAAGUUCCAGUACGAUGAGAGCGGCGGAACAUUCUACUACUUUGUGUUAUCGUUCUUGGCGCUAAUAUUGAUACCGACCACCAUUUACUAUUGGCCACGUAAAAAGAAAGAAGAUCACGGCAAGCUAAACGAGGAAUGCCAGUGUGCCGACUGCCUCAAAAAGAAGGCCAUUCUGGCCAGUGCCGAGCCGUACAGGGCUCUGACAUCAUGGACCAUCAAGCUGACCAUCGUACUGGGCUGGGCCCUGCUGCUCUUCCUCACGUACCGCGUCUCGCAGUUCGACUACGAGAUGGCCAGCUUCGAUCCCUUCGAGAUCCUGAACGUACCGCCCACCUCGUCGCAGGCCGAGAUCAAGAAGGCCUACUACCGGCUCUCCAAGAUACUGCAUCCUGAUAAGGAGACGGGUGACGAGAAGUCCUUCAUGAUGCUGAGCAAGGCGUAUCAGGCGCUGACCGAUGAUGUGGCCAAGGAGAACUACGAAAAGUAUGGUAAUCCGGAUGGACCGGGAGCCAUGUCCUUUGGCAUCGCCCUGCCCUCGUGGAUCGUGGAGAAGGAGAACAGUGUUUGGGUCUUGGGUCUGUACGGUUUGGUCUUCAUGGUGGCCAUGCCCUCGGCGGUGGGUGUUUGGUGGUAUCGAUCCAUUCGCUUCAGCGGCGACAAAGUGCUGCUGGACACCACACAGAUGUACUUCUACUUUAUCCACAAGACGCCGCACAUGCUGCUUAAGCGGGCCCUUAUGGUGCUGGCGGCCAGUUUGGAGUUUGACAAGCGCCACAACUCGCAAGUGCAGGAGCGGCAGUCGGACAACGAUGAGGUGCCAGCGCUCAUUCGGCAGCUACCCAACCUGAAUGAGAAGUGCAAGGAGCAUCCGCUGUGCCGCAUGUACUCCAUCAAGGCUCGCGCCAUCCUGCAUGCCCAUCUCAGUCGCAUGCCCCUCAAUCCGGAAACCCUGGAGCGUGACCGUCAGUUUGUGGUGAAGAAGUGCCCCUAUCUGGUUCAGGAGAUGGUCUCCUGUGUCCAUCAGUUAGUCAUGAUGGCCUAUGCACGACGUGUGCCCCGCCUGCCCAGCAUCGAAACGAUUGAGAAUUGCAUGAAGAUGUCGCCGAUGAUUAUACAAGGACUGUGGGAGUUCAAGUCGCCGCUGCUGCAAUUACCCCACCUCACCGAGGACCAUCUGUACUUCAUGAACAAAAAGCGUCACGUUAAGAACCUGCAGCAAUUCGCCCAGCUUAAGCCGGAGGAGAGCCGUCAGCUAUUGAAGAAUCUAUCGGACUUUGAGUACGAGAACACCAUGAAAGUGCUGGGCAAGAUGCCGCUGAUUGACUUCUCCAUCCGUUGCGAGGUCAUCGACGAUGAGAACACCAAUGUGGUUACCGCUGGAGCCAUAGUUACGGUCACGGUUACGCUGGAGCGCAAGGACAUGAAGUCGCUGUUCGGCGACACCAAGGUGCCCGAAAAGCAGGGCAUCAAAGAUGAGGCCAACGAAGAGGCUGCCGGGGAUGAGGAUGAGGCUGCCGCCGCUGCUUUGCCGGUCAAGAAAGCCUCCGCCUGGGCAAAGCCACGCAAGGGAGGCAAGGGAAAGGGUGGCAAGAAGCCAGCCCAGAACCAGAAAAACAACCAGAAGAAGGGGCCGGCCAAGGUGGCGGCCACGGCUACGAACACGGCUUCCGAGGAUCAAGCGGCGGCGGGUAACUCCGAUGCCGAGUCAGAGGCCGGAAAUGCAGAGGGCAGCGAUGUGGAAUCGGCUGCCGGUAGUGCCAGCGAGGACGAGGAGAAGGGCAAGAACAACUCCUCGCUGGACGACGACGAUGACGAGGAGUGGGAGCGACUGCAAGCCAAGCUUAACAAGAGGGAGCGACUCGAGGGCAAGUCCCGGCUGUCGCACACUGUCCACUGCCCCUACUUCCCCGAGGAGAAGCAGGAGUACUGGUGGACCUAUAUCUGCGACCGCAAGUCGCGCACCCUGCUGACGGCCCCCUAUCACGUGACCAAUCUGGUCGAGAAGGAGGAGAUCCAGCUGAAGUUCACCGCGCCACGCUGGCCCGGAGUCUACACGUUUACCGUGUGCCUGAGAUCGGACUCCUAUUUGGGCAUGGACCAGCAGCAGGAGCUGAAACUGGAUGUGCAGAAGGCGCCCGCACCACCGACAGACCAUCCCCAGUGGGACCUGAGCGAAUCGGAGCCGGAGCACAAUGACCAGCAGGAGAACCUGAGCGACUACACCACAGACACGUCCGAUGAGGAGGACAGCGACUAGAUCUAGAUGGACGGACAGACCGACCGACGGAAGGAUGGACGUCCCUAACCCCAAUCAACCUCAACCUCCUCUCUAUUUCUCUGGGACGGAAGAGAAGCCUCUUUGUUUUCCUUUUAGUAAAUGAGUUUCGCGUGGCGGAGGAGGCACACCAAUGCGACCCUUCCUUCGCAUUUUUACUAGUUUUGUAAUGGAAAAGACCCCGAACUAGUGCGUAAAUAACUAUAACUUCAUUUUACCGUGUACUGUACUAAACAUAAUUAUAAUGUACUGUAUAUUUAAUUAUUUGGAUACAAGAACUAAAAGUGAGACACGUAAAUACAAAAGUCUAUUGAUAUUA